AUGCUGGGGGCUGGAGGACCCCAUUCACCAGAGCGGGUCUGUUCUGCCUCAUCGGCACCUCCGUGUGGGCUGGAGCUGAGGAAACGGAUGGACCUGACAAGUGGCUCGGACUGGCCGCUACAGAAGCAAGGGGCCAAGUUUAUUGUGACAGGAAGGGCCUACGUUCCGUACCACUGGUGGGACGGCCGAGUUAUUGGAGGCGGCCCAGCCGUCCUGGAGGACGAGGUUCGCCCUGGCCGAUCACGGCUUCAGAGGAGCUCAAGGCCACCCCGGUCCGCCCGGGAGGACCCUGCCGGAGGGGGCGGCGAUGGCGGGGGCGAGGGGGGACCGCAGGUCCUUCAUCACUGGAGUCAGCAGACCACAGGUGCUCCACCACCACAGAAGUCGAAGAACCACGUGUGUUGGCCAGGGGUGUUUCCAACAGCUAAAUAG